CAGGCACAGGCCCUGCCGCUCGCGCUGCGGGGCUGCGACCUGCGCGCCUCGUCGCCCAUCGGCACCGGCAAGCGGCUCGCGUACCUCCUGCCCGCGAUCGUCCAUAUCGAGGCCCAGGAGAAGCUGAAGAAGAAGUCGGACGAGGAGAAGUCGGACAGGGCGACGCCGAUCGCGCUGGUGCUGGCGGCCACCCGCGAGGAGGCGACGCAGAUCGAGGCCUGGGCCCAGAAGCUGCUGCGGCACUCCAGGGAGGGCAGGCACAGGGAGAGCGGCGGCGUGUGGUGCGCCUGCGUGCAGGACAACAUGAAGAGGUCGAAGCUCAGCUUCCAGGACCCGCACUGGUCCACCACCCACCUGGUGGUGGCCAUGGCCAGCCGGCUGGCCGAGUUUGUGCAGGCGAAGGUCAUUUCGCUGGAGAGGGUCUCCUACUUCGUGGUCGACAGCGCCGACCACAUGCUUGCGGACAAGCUCAAGGGCGCCGUCCUCGCGAUCUCCAGCCAGGUGAGGCCCGACAGGCAGUCCCUCGUGUUCGCCAACGAGUGGAGCGAGGAGGUCGGGGAUCUGGCCAAGUCGGUGUGCACCGCGGUGGGCCACAGGCGCGCGCCCUUCGCCCGCAUCUCGGCGGAGGCCUCCAGGACCUCGGCGCGCAUCGGGUGCCUGGCCGACGACCUGCGGAAGAGGGGGGGAGAGCGCGAGCACCAGGUGAUCGUCGUGCAGGUCCCCGAGAGGGAGGACAGGGAGGAGACCGAGAGGAGGCUGGCGGACAAGGAGGCGCGGCUGCUGGAGCACCUCAAGCGGGUGCUGGCGGAGGACAAGGACAACAAGGCCGCCCGGCGCUGGCCCGAGGAGGUCCAGAGGGCGCUGCACACCGCCGCGAGCGGCAGCAGAGAGCCCAGGACAGGCUCCUGCUCCGCCUGCGGGCAGCGGCCGAGCGCCUGGCCGCCCACCACUCUGCCCAGCCAGCGAUGGCACGAGAAGGGAAGGGCAGAGGCAGCGGUGGCCGAGGCGGCAAGGGCCACGCCCAGGAAGGAGCAGCACCGCCAGCAGCGCCCCCUUGGCGCCAGGAGAGGUGGCAUGGCGCUGGAUGGCAAGAGCAGCACUGGCAUGCGGAGCCAGCAGGCGAGGACCCGCCCUGGCGCAGACCGCUAUCACGGCCGCGGCGCUCUGGCCAGGCCAGCCCUCGCCAGCUCCAGCAAAGCGGACCAGAGGGCCCAAAAAGUCAUUGACUCUGUGGCAGCCUGCACGCUGGACGAGGCCACCUCCCACCCAAAGUGGCAGGCGCCCCCAGCCGACCGCGCAGGCAUCCAGAAGUUUCUGAGCAGCGCUGACCAGAGGCUGAGGAAGCUCGGCGACCUGGUCAUCGCCAAGCAGGCCGCGGGCGACAGCACGAAGGAGCAGUUGAUGGAAAUCUCGGUCAUCAAAUAUCAGAAGCUGGUCACGAGGAGGCCGAAUGACCAGCUGCAGGUGCUCAGCAAAAGGCGCAAGGCCGUCAAACUCGAAGUCAUCGCCCUCGAGGCCAAGACGAACGAGCUGCGGGACGACCUCAAGGCCAAGCAGCAGGAGUUGAGGCAGCUCGAGUCCAACAUCGCCGACGUGCGGGUCGUGCUCGCCGACGGCGGCGCGGCGGACGACGAGGGCGACUGGGACACGGACGGGUUUGGCUUGGCGCCGAGCUGGGAUACCUUCCACAAGGCCGUGAUCGAUAGGCGCCUGAACAGCGAAGCACCUGGUGACGGACCUCCAGCUUGGCCAGCGGGAGUGGCUAAGGCGAAUGCGGAGAGGGCCCACCAACAGCAGCGCCAUGCCGAAGCCGAGCAGGAGUUUGCUGCCGAGCUGGCGGAAGUCAGGAGGGUCGCCCGCGAGCAGGCACUCCGCCGCAACGCCGAGCAGGCGAAGCUCAGGCUGAUCAAGAAGCAACAAGCCGAGCAGCUCGAGUUCGCGACGCAGAUGGAGGCCAGGAUAAUCAGCCAUGACGCAGCUUUCAGUCAAGCCAAGGCUGAGGCCGAGGCGGCGACCCAACGUGCAAAUCACCUGCGAGAGCAGCUUGAGUAUGCCCGAGCGGAGCACCGAGCGCAGCCGCAGCCCCAGGACAGGGUCUACCAAGACCUACUGCGGGCAAGCGCCGAGGCGCAAGAGGCAUUGCGACAGGCCCAGCACGAGAGCGCCCAAGCGACAGCUACAGCCGGCACUCUCAAGCAGCAGCUCACCAGGCAGGAACUGGUCAUGGAAGAGAAGCUCCAGGAGGCCAAAAAGAACCACGCCCUUGAGCUUGAAGCUGCCGCCGAAUCAGCCAGGGUCCAGGCAAUUGCCCAGGCCCAAGUGGUUGCCAAUGCCAAGGGAAAAGGGGCCCUCCCGCCGGCAGGAGCGGCCAGGCUGCAAGGGAUCGCCCAGACAGCAGCACGGCAGCAGGAUCGGCUCAAGCAGACCAAAAGCGAGCUCGAGGCAGCUGAAGCCCGCAUACACGAGCUCCAGCAGUACUCCAAGCUUGAGGCGGGCGCUGCGCAGCGUGCAGUACAGGUCGCAUACCACGAAGCAGCGGAGCUGAGAAGCACCAGCGAGGAGCGGCAGAUCCCGCACGAGGUGCAGGCAUUGCAGUUCGCCCUGCUAAGGACUAGAGCAGAGGAGGAGGAGAUUGCGAAGGCCAGCCUGAAGGACAAGGAGGCAAUGCGGGCGGAGCUCGAAGGCAGUGCUGAGCGAAUAAGGUCGAGUCUCACCCGCCAAGUCAUGAUAGAAGAAGCGAACGCACAUGACUUGCAGCUGCACACAGAGAGCCUGCGACAGGAACUGAGCAGCUACGCGGUGCAGCUGAGCGAGCAGAGGUCUAACGCAGAGGUGCAGGAGCAGGCGCUGGAGGAGGAGCUCGCCCAAGCCCUCACCUUCAGGAUCGCCAGCAUGGAGGAGGCCUCCGCCAUGGAAGACUUUGCCAGCCAGCAGAGGACGGGCAGGGAGGUGGCCAUCCACCUCGCGCUGCAAGAAAGCCUCCAGCGCUCCCGCACGCUACACACCGAGCUCGACGCCAUCGCAAAGAAGGAGCAGCAGGGCGCGACGGAGACAGAGGAGUUAAAGCUGAGAACGCAGAGCCUGGAAGCCAUUGCAGCCAGCAGGGAACGUGAACGCAAAGCCAUGGUCAGCCUGUACGCCGAGAUGAGGCAAUACGGGCAGGAGGGCUACGACUUCACCAAGAGGGCAGCUCAUCACCUCGUCCAAGGGGGCCACCUCCCAACGUCCCAAGAGUCCAUGGACGACUACCAGGAGGCCGCCGACCUGCACGAGAAAACCAGAUGA